GCCCGAAUCGACACGAUCACUGGGUGGUUUCUUGUAUCACCACUGUCUUCCGAUUGAAAUCUCGAAUCCCAACUGCCCUCGCGUCUCUGUGCGAGCAACAGACCCUCGCCCGAUGGGGAAACCGGUCUCGUGGUCGGAGCUCCCGACGGAGUUGUGGUCGAUGAUCGGGAAAAAGCUCGACACCCACAUGGACGUCUGCCGGUUUCGCAGCGUCUGCUCGUCGUGGCGUUCCUUGAUACCUCCCGUCCCGGAGUUCGAACAAGGAACCGGAGGGCCCCUCAUCGGUCAGCGCACGGUCUAUCUUCUCGAGCCACCACCAACGUCUCCGAGGGACUCGCAGUGUCCCCCGUCUCCCCGCGAGGGUUGGUUGAUCAAGAUCGCAGAAAGGGAGGAUCUUGGUGGUGGAGGCAGGGUUCAGCUCUUCAAUCCGCUCUCGAGCCGACCCAUCUCGCUCAAAGGCGGGACCUUUCCUAAGGUUUUGUGUACGAUGGAUUAUAGGGUCACUGAGAUUUUUGUAGAACAUUAUUUCAUUCGCGAGCUCAGAGUAAGAUAUCCUUGGGAGGUAAGGAAGGUGAUCGUGCUUCCGGAUUCUCCAUGGGCUGUUCUAGAGGAGACUUUGGUCGUCGGGAUUUUCGGGGAAGGGAGGUUGAUGUGUUGGAAACAUGGGGACGAUGAUUGGACCGCGUUGGAGAGUCCGAAUUGCCAGUACGACGAUCUCAUUGCUUACAAAGGGCAGUGUUAUGUUGUUGAUAGGUUUGGGAUCGUGUCGUGGAUCGAUCCUUCUUUUAAGAUCGUGCAGUUCUCGCCUCCUGCUUGCGGCGACGGCGUUGGCGGGGACCGGAAGCAUCUGGUGGAGUUGGGAGGAGAUCUCCACUUGGUGGAUCGAUAUUUCGUCAAGGAGAGUAAAUUUUUCAGACGGAUUCGGGAAGACGCUGAGGGGGCGGCUGGUUUUAAGGUUCAUCGGCUGAAUCAAGAAUGGGGAAAAUGGGAUGAGGUACGGAAUCUCGGUGAUGUUGCCAUCUUCCUGGGCGAUUACAGUUGCUUCUCGGUGUCGGUAAAAGGAUUCGGAGGAUGCCAGGGGAACUGCGUAUAUUUCACGGAGAUUGACGGGACUUGCGAAGGGAAUGUUCAAGUUUUCAAUAUGGAGGAUCGCAGCAUCAGGUGGGCAUCGCGUUCGCCUGAUCACUUGACGAUCCUGUGGCCGCCUCCGGCUUGGAUCGCCCCAAAUGGGUUCGCCCUAAGUCCUCGCUCGCUUAAGGAAGCCGAUGGUCUAGUUAAUUCAGCGGAGUGCUUGUGAGUUGGAUGAGAUACCAUGAGAACUGGUCUGUAAUUGCUUAGUUGAAAAGACAGUAGAAAGAGUUCAUCUUUUUCAAACUUGCACCUGCGCACAACCUUGAUAAUCACUUACCUGUGUGCUCGCCAGCGCUUGAGAGUGAAACCGGCUUUGCAUGUUUGUUUGGCCUUCUGAUAAAAUGCAAUGUUAUCUUGGUGACCGAGGGAGGCAUGAGUGGAUGGAUAAUCAUGUUUGAUGGCGAUGCUUGUGGAUAGAACCUGUUGCAGGUUAUCUGUGCUAAUGAAAGUUGUUGCCUCGUAUCUUUUGCACUUGUCUAAAGGAGAGUUCUCAUGUAACCAUGAUCCAACACGUGUCUCUCUUAUAAUUAGAUGGGUUCUCUUUCUUCUGUCAUUCGAGCUGAGUUUUGAAGGGACAAUGUAGUCUACUGAUUUGGCCCAACUAGUCUCUGCUCCCGCCGUGUCAUGUCUCGUUGUCAUCUUUGUCAACUUGGUCAAUUCCGGGCACAUAUGUGAAAGCAAAAUCAGCUGGAAAUUAUUUUGGUUAUCUCA